GUAUAAAUGAUGGGGGGCGCGCACGGCAACAACUGACUGGUACUGGUUGAGUGACGGGUGACAGCUGGGCAGGGUUUAACAUGCAAAAGCCGGAGCAUUAAUGCAAGUCCAUGGGAAAGAUGCCGGAUCCGCCGUUCAGUCAGUGUUCCGGAUUUUUGGCUAGAGGGAUGGAAUAAUAUCCACGUGAACAUAAGCCAAAAGAGGGUUCAGGAUUUCCUUCUGAUCAUAUUGAAGCUACAUGGUAAUACAGUCAUUGUCAGUGAAGGAUGUUUUAAACGGGAAGAUCUGCAAAUAAAAGCCGCAUCACGGAUAAUCAAUCAAUUAUGAAAAUUAAUUAUGAACAUCUAGAAAUAAAAAAAUUUGUCAUGGGAUUAUACAGUAUAUGAAUCUAUUUAUAUCUUUUGCAGGAAUAAAACCGACUUGCUCCGCCAAUAUAAGAUCCAGACAUGACCCAGCGGCAUACGUUGUCCAUCCUCCCCUGCGUGGAUCUGACUUCAUAAGGAUGCCUGCGCCUCCCGUUGGAUUCCCUCCCAGCUUUGACACGUUUCUACUUCACAAAAGGCGAGUGCAUCUGGCGCCAUGUUCUCAGGCCGGACAGACAAGCGGUGCUUCUUCAUGUGUUUGGCUGCCUCUCAGCUGCUGUUCAUCUUGCUAUUGUAUCUGCUUGGAGCCUCCAGCAUGUUUCAGGGAAUUUUCGGAGCCUACUCUGUAUGGGAUUAUUCGAAAACCCAGGACGUCUACACCAACCUGAGCCUAUUCAUUCCGAACCCUGAAGCUGCAAAGACUCAGUACUGUCCCAUCAGGUCUCCCAUACUUGUUGGUCCUUUAACCAUAACGCUCAACAAGCCGCCAAGUUUGAAGAAGAUCCAGAUGAAGAACCGCUAUGUGACGUCUGGAGGUAGCUUCAGCCCCAGGCACUGCUUUGGAAGGUACCGCACAGCUAUAAUUAUACCACACAGGAACAGAGAGUCUCACCUCCGAAGCUUGCUCUACUACCUUCACCCCUUCCUGCAACGCCAACAGCUGCACUACACGAUAUUUGUGGUCCAUCAGGCGGGGAACGCAACAUUUAACAAGGGCAGGCUCUUCAACAUCGGCGUGCGAGAAGCGCUGCGCUACGACAGCUGGGACUGUUUAAUCUUUCAAGACGUUGACCUUAUUCCGGAAAAUGACUACAACCUGUACAUAUGCGACGAUCAUUACCCCAAGCAUCUCUCCAGCGCCAUUGACAAAUUCCAGUACAGCCUGCCAUAUUGGACAUGUUUUGGAGGAGUGUCUGCACUUACACCAGAUCAGUUCAUGAGGAUCAAUGGAUUCCCCAACACAUACUGGGGCUGGGGAGGAGAGGACGAUGAUUUCGCUAUGAGGAUUCGCCUCUCGGGGAUGAAAAUCACUCGGACGCCUUUAAGCCUUGGCCGAUAUAAAAUGAUCCCACAUGACCGAGACUCCGGCAAUGAGGUGAACUCUUACAGGUAUAAUCUGUUAAGUAAAACGAGAGAAACCUGGAGAGAAGACGGCAUGAACUCCAUAGAUUAUCACCUGCUUUCCAGAGAGAAGGUUGAGCUCUAUACCAACCUCACGGUGGACGUCGGUGAAACUCCGGUCAUGCCGACCAAAGGAAGCAAGUGGUGGUUUUUUUAACCCUUGGUCAGGGGCAUACUGAACUAUAGAGAAGCAUCCAGUGAUAUGGCUGAGGACCGCCUCCUACAGAAUGGUUUAGGACCUGCAGUCUCUUCUCCAGUCCCUAUGCAUUCUGUAAAACCAUGAGACCUGUAGUUUCCAUUGUGACCAGUAGAGGUCACUGUGUGGACCGUGAGAUGCUGGAAUGAAACGACUUGGCCCUGACCGGUCACCCGCCUGAAGUGGCAGUCACAUUCUGACCAGGGACACAGACCAAUCACAUGAUCGUCAGUAUUUACGGAAUAGGGGCGCAGAGACGCAUGGUCCCAGCAACAUUUAUGGGUUUACGGACUUUGUCAGUUGAUUUGUUAACUGCACAUCUUGAUUCACAAACUGCAGCUUUUUUGCUCUAUUAGGAAAUAAGAGCACUUUUUUGGUAACCUCCCCGUUCUUUGUGUCGUCCUCUUAAAGGCCAGGUCCACCUUCACAACCAUUUCUAGACUCUUUAGAUCUUGUAGUGUGUCAUAAAUCCCGGGGACUAAUUCAGUCCAGUAUUCAAA